AUGGUGUCCUUCCAGAAGAACCGGCUCCCGCUCCUCCACGCCCUGCGGCGAUCCCUGAUCCUGAACCUGAAGCGGAUCUUGCCAUCAUCCACCAUCACCAUGUGGAUUCUGACUCCGAGAUGGCAGUGGCUGAAGAACACGCACCCGGAACUUUUGCAUCCGGGCACUGCCACCGAAGCCGGUGAUGAUGGUUUGCAACGUCGUGAAGAACAGGCCAUCUUCACGUAUACCAAAUUCUUGGAUCGUCAUCAACUGAACUUCCCGUUCAGUGGACUGGAGACAGAACUUCUCUUUCAGAUUGAGCAGACAUGGGGCUUCAUCCUUUCCCCAGAUGACAUCAAAUUGACUUUUCCUGAUCGCAACGGUCGCAAUAUCCUGCUCCCGCCGGAAAUGUUUGUUUGUGAAUUUCUGGACAUACAGCGUUUUAAUUGGCACCGUGAACAAGAUCUUGGUUCUCACUUCCUUCCUCAUCGACAUGGCCAACACCACACCCUCAAUGGUGAACAUUCCCUCUUCCAGGUCCUAGGUGAAUACCGACAACGAAUUGGUCAUACCACGGUCUUCAAGAUUGUUCAAGAAGCACAUACCAGCUAUGUCACCGUGGAGGAGACUGAUUCAGAGGGGUACAUGAAGCGCAAGCCUUUGGAGAAGUACUUCUUCGGGAUCAUCGGACACCUUCGUGACCGACAUGGCCAACGCUUGGAGUCAUGGACUCUCUGUUCCCAAUUGGCGAACUACUGGAGAACUUGGUUCAAUGUGCCCACCCAAGGUGCCACGUUCGAGCCCUAUGAAGAAACUCCAACACCAGAGACGCCUGAACACCCACCAGCUCUGGGUCAGGACAUCACACCUGAUGACACUCAAUCUUCUCAGAUCCCUGUCCAGAUCCUUCAGGUGGCAUGGUUUUUGAGUGCUUUACUCAGCGAACACCCAGAAGCCAAUGCGGGGCUCACCCAGCAAAUUCAGCAACGGCCAAUUGGACAACUUCGAGAUCUGCACAACGACCGAGUUGAUCAUGCAUCCUUAGCAACCUUGUGCGCCGAGUUGGGUAUCUUGGCCAGCAUGCUGUCCCAGCAGCAAGCCGCCAGCCAAGAAAUUGCAGAACUUUCCCAUGAAGACGAUGGUGGUCUGACCCCUCACUACCUGGAUGUGUUUUUUUUGGAUUCCACCCGGCUGGGCGAUCAAAGCAAUGAAGCCAAGUUGGAAACAGUCUAG